AAAUACUGUAACCGAACUUCAUGGUACACGUACCUACAUAAUAUAAGUUUUUCAUCAUGAAGAAUUUUAUUGAGUGUUUUGUGUUUACAUUCUGUUUUAUCUCUAUAGAAUGUGCCUUCAGAUGUGACUACAAAUACAAUUUAAUGGCGAAGGGAUGGUUUAAACUCUAUGAAGUCCCAGAGACUUGGUAUGAUGCUCGACAACGAUGCAGUCUUCAAGGUGCAAUACUAGCUUCUCCAACUACACCAGAUAUUGAAUUUGCAAUGAAGCAAACUAUGAGAAAUUUCUUUAUACAAGAUACGGAAAUCUUUACUGGGAUUCACGCAACUCUCUCACCUGGAAACUAUCGCACAGUUGAUGGCAUACGUCUCAGUGAAAUCCCGAUUGUUUGGGCAAAUAACGAACCAGAUAACUUUUUAGAUAAAGAAAGAUGUAUAACUUUAAAUAUGAAUGGAGCUGCAUACGACCGAUCGUGUCGGGAAACUAGACCAUACAUAUGUUAUCGCUCUGGGAAAAAGGAGGUGCUGACCAAUAAGUGUGGUACCGUUGAUGAUGAAUACGUCUACGAAAACAAGACAAACAGCUGCUACAAAUUCCACAAGAUUCCAAAAACAUACUCUCGUGCCGACUUCACUUGUACGGCUGAAGGCGGCCAUCUUCUCAUUAUAAACAGUGAAACAGAAGCUCAGGUCAUCAGAGAACUCUAUGCUAGAUAUCCUAAAAAUGUCAUUCCGGGAAAUUUUGGUAAAGACACAGCGUUCAUUGGCUUUCGCGCUGUGGAUGAAUGGGGGGACUGGAGAACAGUUCAUGGAGAAACGCUGCAUGAAGCUGGUUAUGACUUAUUCAGUUCUGGCGAACCUAACAAUUUGACUGCAGGCCAGUACUGCGGGGGCAUUUAUCGCAAUGCGCUUUUGGAUGACAUGUGGUGUGAGACCCAAAGCGUAUUCAUCUGUGAAAAGGAUCCUGAGUAUCCACCUGUCUGCCAACCUUCGAAAGACGAAGAAGUACGAAUUGAUAAGAGGUUUAAGACCGAUGAUUAAUAUUAUUAAUGAACUAAAAGUUAGACUUUCUUUUAUUAAAUAAAAACAUUUUUUUAAAGAUUUGCAUUUUUUUUUCAGGGACAGUAAAGCGCAGAAUUAUAGGAAUAAGUAAAAUAAUCAAAUAAAAGCAUCUAUUCAGAA